AUGUUUGAUCUUAAUAAGUUUGGUCUCCCUAUUUGCCUCGCCAAUCUCCUCGCCAACUCCACCUCGCCUAUCGCCUCUGGCCAGCAUCGCAGUCCUGUCGUGGUUAUUGGCUCGUCGGUCGUCGGCCACUCUGCGAGGGAACAAAUCUCCUCUCAGUCUCCACCUCGUCACGCAGAGAAGAUGAAGAGUGCUCGUCGUCUGAGCUUGUCGCUCAUCGGAGCUUCCCUGCUAGCCAGCCGCCACUGUCAUCUGAUUUGGGAGAAGGAUAAACGAAUUGUUGGUGACUUCGACUUACGACGAAUGUACAAAGACAACAGCAACAAAUGCGGCUGA